GAAAAAAACAGGGUGUAAAAAAAUAAAGCCACCAAGUAUCAACAUCCGAAAUUCUGACAGCACAGAUUGGCAAUACUGAUUAACUGUCAGUUUUUAGAGGUGUGACUUGAAGACGUGUGGUGGAAUUGUUGUGGUUCGCAUUUCCAAUCAAAUGAUAAAUAAAUGUCUACAAAGCCAAUAAAAAUGCCGUCGGCAACGAAAGAGAAAGAUUCAACCAUACUCAAGAUUGCUGUUGAAAUGCUUAAUGCACCCGAUAAAGUGCCUCAGCUUAUCGAGUUUGACCAAAGUCAACCUUUAUCGAGUAUUAUUCAAUUACUUUGUAAACCUUGGGGUCUUCCUGACCCAGACAAUUACGCUUUACAAUUCUCAGAGAGCAACAACCAAAACUAUAUAACAGAGAAGAAUCGGAACGAAAUUAAAAAUGGGUCUGUAUUGCGUCUUGAACAAUCACCAGCUAAAACUGUUCAGGACAUUCUUGCGAAAAUAAACAAAGGAUCCGAAGCCGAACAAACCGCUGCCCUCACCAAGUUAUCAACGUUAAGUAGCGAUCUUACAUUUGCUUUGGAAUUCAUUAAUAAAAAGGGGCUCUCACUCAUAAUAAAUAACAUUGAUAGUGGACGAUUCAAAGGAAACUCGCUCAAAUACGCUUUGGUCACUUUUGUUGAACUAAUGGACCAUGGAAUUAUAUCUUGGGAUAUCUUAGAAAAUCAGUUCAUCAAUAAAAUUGCAAGUUUUAUCAACAAUCAGGCAAGUACACAAGAUCCUAAGAUAAUUCAGUCUUGCCUGUCUAUUCUUGAAAACAUUGUCCUCAAUAGCUCUGGUAAGAAUUCACAUGUUGAACAGGAAAUCACAAUACCAAGUUUAAUUUCUCAUUUACAAAAUCCUUACCAAGAUAGUGUCAUACAGCAGAAUGCAAUUGCACUUAUUAAUGCUAUCUUUUCAAAAGCAGACAAUACAAAAAAGAAAGCCAUAGGAGCAACUUUAGCAUCAAAGCAAGUUCGUAAUGUAAUAUAUGAAAAUCUCAUUGGAGCCAGUGAGUUCUCAAAAACUACAUCCAAGGAUGCUUUGGGCACUGAAUUAGCUCACCAACUUUAUGUGUUACAAACUUUGAUGCUUGGAUUAUUGGAACCCAAAAUGAGGCAACGAGCAGACUCACAGGAACAGGAGUCCCAAGAAAAAAUAAAAGAAUUGCGAAAAAUUGCCUUUGAAAAUGAUAACAAUUCUAAUAUUGAAGUCACAACCAGACGUCAAUAUGGGAGCUAUUCCAAAGAAUUCAAAAAACUUGGCUUCAAAUGUGAGAUUGAUCCAAUAAAAGAUUUCAAUGAAGUCCCACCAGGAGUCUUAGCAUUGGAUUGUAUGUUGUAUUUUGCCAGAAACUACCCAGAAGAUUAUACCAAAAUUGUGUUAGAAAAUAGUUGUAGGGCAGAUGAACAUGAAUGUCCAUUUGGGAAGACAAGUGUUGAGUUGAUAAAACAGUUAUGUGACAUAUUACACAUAGGGGAACCACCCAGUGAACAAGGCCAAACAUAUCAACCAUUGUUCUUCACACAUGAUCAUCCAUUUGAGGAGCUUUUUUGCAUUUGUAUAGUCUUAUUAAAUAAGACGUGGAAGGAGAUGAGAGCAACUACAGAGGAUUUUAUUAAAGUAUCCAGUGUUGUAAGAGAGCAAAUUAGCAGGGCUUUAUCAUUGGGUCCAAAGGGUAUAGAUAAGUUUCGUCAAAGAGUCAAUCAGCUUACUUAUGCAGAAAUAACACAAAUAUGGCUACAAGAAAGGAACAACAGGGAAGUUUGGGAGUCACAUGCUCGACCAAUAGUAGAAUUAAAAGAGAAAAUCACACCAGAAAUCAUAGACUUGAUCCAACAGCAGAGACUAGGUGUUUUGGUCGGGGGCACAAGGUUCAAGAAAUAUUCUCCAAGAGCACAAAGAAUAAAAGAUAAGUUUUGGUUUGUACGUCUUUCUCCAAACCAUAAGGUUUUACAUUAUGGAGACUGUGAUGAGAAAAGUACUCCAAGCUUAGAGGAACUUGGAAAUAAACUUGCUGUUGCAGACAUAAAAUGUGUUGUAGUUGGUAAAGACUGUCCCCACAUGAAGGACUUAAAAGGUAGAAAAAUUAACCUACAUUUGGCAUUUUCUUUGAUUCUGAAAUCAGCAGAAGUGACAUCUUUAGAUUUUGUGGCACCAGAUGAGCAGGUAUUUGACUAUUGGACAGAUGGAAUCAAUGCUUUAUUAAAAGAAAAGAUGUCAAGCAAAUCAUUUGAGAGUGAUUUAGAAACUCUUUUGUCUAUGGACAUAAAAGUUCGGCUAUUAGACGCAGAAGGUAUUGAUAUACCACAGGAUCCUCCACAGAUACCAGAGGAGCCAGAAGAUUAUGAUUUUUACUAUGACAAUAAUUGAUCAUUUUUAUUACUUGUACAAAUUGACAGUAUACUUCAUCUCAUUGAAUAAAUGACAGAAAUCAGAAGUAAAGAAAGAAAAACUAUUUUAGAAAAAAACUUUCAGUAUUUAUAAGAUCUCGGUUGUUUUAUAUAGUAUCCAAAUGAUUUGAAAAAGGAUAUUUUACAAGUUUUUUUUGGAAUUUCAGCUUAACGUUGCUGACUUAGAAGAAAUGUAUAUAAACAAAAUUCAUACAACUUUUUUAUAGUACCAUUCAAUAUUCAAUGAAGUUAUAUAUAUUUUUAUUUUAUCAUCGGAUAUUGUACGUCGUUGCGUAUGCGACAGACAACUGGCACAUGCUAUGGGUCCAUAUUUGGGUUUCACAUUAUCUUUCUAUGGCGAUUCGCUCACUUCCGCUCUUUGUGACGGUUCACGCAUAAUUUAUUAAUGUAUUAACUAUUUUAUAGCAAGUGUAGAAAGAAAGAUUAGAUAAUAUUUUUUCAUAUAAUCUACUUUAAGUGUGAACUUCCAUUAUACUGUUUUAAAAGACUUUAGCUGUGUAAGAUUUUUAAAGCACAAUGUUAUUUAACUUUAUUCUAGUGGGAUAUCUUAUUAACAGUGGAUAAUCUUAGGUUUCACAUCUGUUUUACUUAAAGUACAUAAAUAUUGUCUUCUGAAUUUCCGAUUUCUAUGUAUUGACUGAUUUUAAACAAACUUCCAUUUUAUUAUAGUUACAUAAUAAGUAUUGUGGCCAUAUUCCAAUAUUAUAUUUUAUAUACCAAAGAUCAUGUUUAACGAACAAAGAUUAUUUAAAAUGUGUAUGUACAAAUAAAUGUUCUAUCUUAUAAAAUCCUAUUAUUUUAAUUUAAACUAUCGUUUAGGGUUAUUUAAAGUAAAAUUAA